UGGAGAACAUCCUCCUGGAUGAGAGAGGGCACCUCAAGCUGACGGAUUUCGGCCUCUCCCGGUACCUGCAGUGGGGCGAGCGAGCCCACACCAUCUGUGGCACCCUGCAGUACAUGGCCCCGGAGGUGCUGAGCGGGGGGCCCUACAGCCAUGCAGCCGACUGGUGGUCCUUGGGAGUCCUGCUCUUCGCCCUGGCCAGUGGGGAGUUCCCUGUGGCUCCAGCGGGGGACCACGUGGCCAUGCUGGAACGUGUCAAACAGAGCAGCUACGAGAGCCCACCCGAGUUCAGCCCCGAGCUGGCCCGGCUGCUCGCCGAGCUGCUGUGCCACAACCCCCUGUACCGCCUGCGCUACCUGCACCACUUUCAGGGCCACCCCUUCUUCCGCGGGGUGGCCUUCGACGCUGAGCUGCUGCAGAAGGACCCGGUGGUGGUGGCAGUGGCCCCGCGACCCCCCGAGCAGCCCCCACCCGACCCCGCCACUUUCGCCGACUUUGACUGCGACCUCGCCGCCCCGCCGGACCGGCCGUGGCCCGGCUGAGCCAGCACGGCUGGGACCCUCGGCAUCGCUCAGGGACAUCCCCCCACCCCGGCAGCGGGUCGGACCGCGCUGGGCCGGGUCCCCAAGGGGUUACCCGGGUACCCCCCGGGGACCUCAACUGUGUACCUCUCCCCGCGGGAGCAAUAAACCGAGAGCCGCGGGCACUGCUGCGGGCGCUGCUGCGGGCACUGCCCUGACUCGUGCUGGGCAAAGCGGGACCAGCGGGGCAGGGGCGCGGGGCUGGACCCGCUCCCUCGGGGCAGCUCUGGGGGCUGUGUGGGGUGGUUUUCCCGGGGCAGGCGGUGAGGGAGGAGCCGAGUCCGCCUGCCCAUCCUUCUGUCCAUCACUCCGUCCAUCCGUCUGUCCGUUCCCCGGCGCGACUGGGGCGUGGUCAAUGGAUGAAACCACGCCCACCCACCCGCCCAUCACCGGCCGUGCCCCCGCCCCAACGGUCGCCCCGCGGGGUGACGCGCGCGCGGCGCAGCCAAUCAGAACAGAGCGUGGUUUUCAAACGGGCGGCGCGCGGGCGGCGGCGGGCCCGGACCGGGAACCGAGACCGAGACCGGGAACCGCGACAGCCCCGACCCCAACCCGGCGGGCCGGACCGGGAACCAGGCCCGAGACCGAGACCAGCCCGAUCCCAACCCAGUGGGCCCGGACCGGGAACCGAGACCGGGAACCGAGACCAGCCCGAACCCGGCGGGCCCGGAGCGCAGACGGGAGCGGGGCCGAGAGCAGCCGUAGUCGAGGCCGGGCCCGGGAGCGCUGCCGGGCCAUGCAGCGCGCCAGGACCCCCGCCGCGCAGAAGCAGCCCCGGCGCACCCCGCUGCAGGAGCUGAAGCUGCAGUCGGGCGCCGACCGGACCAGCCUGACCCCCCUGCUCCGCCGGCUGCGGCUCAAGGACCAUGACUGUGCCACCCCAGUGUCCUGUGCCCGGGGCCCCCGCAGCAGCAUCACCACGGUGCCUUGCGCCCCAGGAGCCCCGCGAAGUGCCACCCUGGAGCCCCCCAGCAGCACCACUGUGGAGUCCCCCAGGACCUCCACCCAUGACCUCGGGACUCCCAUCCUUAAGCCUGGUGCCUCUGAGGCUCCCAGCAACGCCACCCUUGUUCCUGGUGCUUUGGAGACCUCCAGCAGCACCAGCCCAGAGGCCCCUGGCAGUCCUGUCCCAGUGUCCAGCAUGCCAGAGCUCCCUGAUGACACCGUGUCAGCCCCUGUCAGCAGUCCAGUCCUGGGACCCAGCACACAGGAACCCUCUAGCAGCACUGUGCCAGCCUCUGUGUGCAGCUCCAUCCCAGUGCCCAGCACACAGGAACCCUCUAGCAGCACUGUGCCAGCCUCUGUGUGCAGCUCCAUCCCAGUGCCCAGCACCCCAGAGUGCUCCAGCAGCACUGUGCCAGUCUCUGUGUGCAGUUCCAUCCCUCUGCCCAGCAUCCCAGAGUGCUCCAGCUCCAUCCCGGUGCCCAGCACCCCAGAGCCCUCUAGCAGCACCAUUCCAGUCUCCCUGUGCAGUUCCAUCCCUGUGUCUGGCACCCCUGUGCCUGGCACCCCAGAGCCCUCCAGCAGCACAAUUCCAGUUCCUCUGUGCAGCUCCAUCCUAGGAUCCAGCACCCCGGAGUGCUCCAGCAGCACCGUGCCAGUCUCCCUGUGCAGCUCCAUCCCUGUGCCCAGCACCCCAGAGCGCUCCAGCAGCACCAUUCCAGUUCCCCUGUGCAGCUCCAUCCUAGGAUCCAGUACCCCAGAGCCCUCCAGCAGCACUGUGCCAGCCUCUGUGUGCAGUUCCAUCCCUGUGCCCAGCACCCCAGAGCGCUCCAGCAGCACCAUUCCAGUUCCCCUGUGCAGCUCCAUCCUAGGAUCCAGCACCCCAGAGUGCCCUGGCCACACGGUGCCAGUGUCCCCGUGCAGUUCCAUCCCAGUGGGCAGUAUCUUGGAGUCCCCUGGCAGCACCAUGUGCAGCCUUGUCCUGGGGCCCUGCGCUCUGGAAUCCCCUGGCAGCACCACCCCAGGGCUCCCCAGCAUUAUUAGCUCGGUGUCUUGCAACCCAAAGUCUCCAGGCAGCUCUGCUCUACCCCCCUGCAGUGCUGGGUCCCCUGGCAAUGCCAGCACAGCCGCCUGCACCCCAGGGCCCCCUGGCACCACCUCCACUCCGCAGAAGACUCCUUUCCGUAGGUGGCGAGCAGCACCUCCAGACUUCUCCUGCAGCUCUGUGGCCUCUGAGCCCCCAUCUGCAAAUGGGAGUGCUGAUCAUCUGCAUUGCCAAGGCACCCCUGAGGGAGCCGAGUUCCCCGUCCCUGUCCCCCCAGAACAGAGCCCACCUGGCCUCCCUCCCAUCGAGGCAAGUGGGUUGGAGCCUGCUGGGUCAGAAGCCACUGUCACCCCUGUCACCUCGCCUGAAUCAACCCUGGGUGCUGUGUCCUGGAUGUUACCACUGGUGUGGCUGGAGAAGACCCUCAACACCUCGUUCCUGGUGGAAUCCCUGCGGCACAGCCUGCCCCUCCGCAAGGUACAGCAGGAUGCCAGCAGCAGUGUCACCCCCGUGCCCACUGCAGUCGCCAGCACCAGCACAACCCCAGUGCCAACUGUGGUCGCUGGCACCAGCAUAACCCCUGUGUCCACUGUGGUCACUGGCACCAGCACGACCCCAGUGCCAACUGUGGUCACUGGCACCAGCACGACCCCAGUGCCAACUGUGGUCGCUGGCACCAGCACGACCCCAGUGCCAACUGUGGUCACUGGCACCAGCAUGACCCCAGUGCCAACUGUGGUUGCUGGCACCAGCACGACACCAGUGCCCACCACAGCCAUUGGAACCAGCAUGACCCCAGUGCCCUCUAUGGCCACGGGCACCAGCAUGACCCCGGUGCUCUCCGUGGCCACCGGCACCUUCAUGACACCUCGGGACGUGUGGGAGAGGAGCAUGAACACAUCCAGGGGAAGCCUCCCCUGUGCCAAGGACAGCGCUGCGGAAACAGACUCCCUGCUCUGGCACUGUCCCCGGGAGCAGCUGAAGACCCUGCCACGGGCAGAGCUGGAGGGGAGGCUGGAGAGCACCCUCAUCAUCAUCGAAGCCCUCUCGCUGCAGCUGCGUGACUGGCAGGAGAGCCAGCGGCCACGGCCUGGCGUGGGGCCGGCCAGGCAGAGAGAUGUGCUCACACAGACUGACACCACCGACCCCGAAGGGAGCACCUGGAGCAGCCAGAGCCUCCUGUUCCGGGGCCUCGCGGAUGCCACUUUUCGGAGCUUGCAGGAUGUGCGGGGAGCCCUUGUGCAGGAGCAGGAGCAGGAGAGGACCCUGGUGUCCCAGUGCCAGGCUGUGCCUGAGAGUGCUCCCAGCAAGGUGCAGAGCUGCCUGGGAGAGUGGGAUGCCAUCAGGCAGCGAGUGGAUGAAGCCCUACGAGCCAAGGAUCAGGGAUAUCUCUUCCUGGAGGCUUUCUGUGCCCACGCCAGCGCCCAGAUCAGUGCCCGUGACCAGAGCCUGGCCUCCCAGCAAGAGCUGAGCAUGCUGCUGGCCCAAGCCAUUGACCUGCAGGCAUCCCUGUCUGCUGAGACACAGUCUUUCCGGGAAUUCUUAGAUGCCACCUUUGAAAAUCUGCAGAAGGAAAGGAGGGCCCUGGAUGAGGAGCGGGAGCAGAUGAGGGCCCUGGUGUCCCAGUCCUGUGCCCUGUUGGAGCGUGUGCCUGGCAAGCUGCAGAGCUGCCUGGAGGAGCUGGCUGCCACACGGGAACGAGCAGAGGAAGCUCUUCAAGCCAAGGAGGAGGUAUCCUGCCAGCUGCAUGAGACCUUGGUGACCCUGCAGGACACAGAGGCUCAGCUGGAGCAGCUGACAGUGGCCAACUCCCGCCUGGGCAAAGACCUGAGCUCCGUGAUGAUAAAUCUGGCCAGCAUGGAGCAGGAACGGGAUGCACUGCAGCAGGAGAAUGAGAAGCAGUGCGAGGAGAUGGCCCAGCUGGCACAGGAGAGGAACACCCUGCAGCAGGAUUGCAAGGGGCUGUGCCAGGAGCUGCAGGAGGCCACCGAGUGCCGGGAGUUCCUGGAUCAGGAGAACCAAAUGUGCCGCACGCAGCUGCUGGAGGUGGAGGGCAGGCUGAACUCCACGCUGGCCCGGCUGCAGGAGUGUGUCCUGCAGCACGACGAGCUGAUGGAGUCCCACCAACGCCUGCGGGAAGAGAAGGCUGCCCUCAGCAAGGAGCUGGACAGCACCAAGGCCGAGCUCCUCAGCUUGCAGACAAAGAGGAACAAAGUUUCUUGGUGCUCCACGGACAUUAUGGAGAGCAAGAUGCGGUUGCAGGAGCUCGCUGACUGCCUCAAGGCUGCUCUGGAAGAGCAGGAUGAUGAUGAUGCUCCAUCGAGAAGCAAAGCCUGGACCCCGGGUCCCCUGGCCUCGAGCUGGCAGACCCCACGCCGUGCCUGGACCCCGGCCAUCCGCACCCCGGCCUUCCACACCCCGGCCUUCCACACCCCACACCGCGCCGGCAGCUCCUUCGUGGGCAGCGUCCUGAAAGCUGUGGCAGGGAAAGAUGCCAGUGAAACCACCAGAAGUGGGAGUAAAGUUGCCAAGGACAAACUUGCAUCCAUGUCAAAGGCAAUAGAUCCUGAGGACACUCUGCUGGAGAGUGUAAAGGAGCUGAGAGCUGUGGUCUCCAGCCUUACCAUGCUGAGCUCCCGCAUCCAGGAACUGGAGCAGAGCGAGUUCAGGGCACUGCAGACAGAAAUCUCUGAGCUGCAGCUCCGCCUGGAGACACUGACAGCUGAGAGCCAGGAGAAGGUGGAUGCCCAAGCUGCCACCAUUGCCAAGCUGAACAAGGCACUGAGGACCAAGCUUGAGAAUGAGAAGGAGCUGCAGGACGUGGUGAAACAGCAGGAAGAGAAGAUGUUGCAACUCAUCGACAAGAGUGGGGAAGUCAUGAGGCUGAAGGCAGAAGUCUCCGACCUGAAGCGCCUGCUCCAGCGUGCAGAGACAGAGGCCAAGGUGCUGUGGGAGGAGAUGAGGGGCAAGGAGCACCAGGUGGACACUGCCUACAUCCAGGAGCGGGUCAUGCUGCGGCGGGAGGUGGAUAAACUGCGGCUGCUGCUCGUGGAAAAAGAGAACGAGAACAUACGGCUCAAUGACAACUACCAGGAACAGGUCCGAGGGCUGGACAUGAAGCUCCAUCAUACCCAGAAAGUGCUGAGGACCCAUGAGGAGAUGCAGAAGAAGAUAAAAGAGGUCUUGUCGGCUGUCCCUGAGGUGGCUCUGGGUUGCCAGGAGCUCCAGAGCCUGCUGCACUACCUGGGCCUGAAGCCAGCCAGCAAGGAAGCUGCCGAGCCGCUAUAGCCUGUAGCCUGAAACCUUUCCUGUUUUUAAUGUUGUAAUUAUUUAUUGAAUAAAGUUGUGUUGGCUGUUA